AAGCUAAAUUAAAUAAUGACUACUUUAGAUAGGAAGGGGACCUAUAAGGUCGAAUACCUUCAAGACAUUGAAAAAAAAGUGCAAGAGCGAUGGGAGAAAGAGAAAAUCUUUGAAAUGGAGGCGCCAAGUGAUGGCAAACCACAUGAAAAAUUCAUGUGCACUUUUCCAUACCCUUACAUGAAUGGGCGCUUACAUUUAGGACACACAUUUUCACUUUCCAAAUGUGAAUUUGCAUCAAGGUAUUACAGAUUAAAAGGCAAGAUGGUGUUAUUCCCAUUUGGGUUCCAUUGCACAGGAAUGCCCAUCAAAGCUUGUGCUGACAAGCUCAAAAGGGAAAUGGAAAUGUUUGGCUACCCUCCAGUAUUCCCUGAAGAAGAAGAAGUUUCCCUGAAAGAAGAAACUGACAUAGUGCCAAAAGAUAAAAGCAAAGGAAAGAAAAGUAAAGCAGUUGCUAAAACAGGUUCUGCUAAAUAUCAGUGGCAAAUCAUGAGGAGUCUGGGGAUACCAGAGGAGGAGAUCAAGGAGUUUGCCAAUGAAAGUUAUUGGCUUGAAUAUUUCCCGCCAAGAGCUGUUGUUGAUUUGAAGAGGAUGGGUAUUCAUGUCGAUUGGCGCCGCAAGUUCAUUACAACUGAUGCCAAUCCGUUUUAUGAUUCCUUCAUUAGAUGGCAAUUCCAUCACCUCAAGGAUCGUAAGAAAAUUAUGUAUGGCAAAAGGUACACCAUAUUCUCACCUCUGGAUAAACAACCUUGCAUGGACCACGACAGAAGCACUGGAGAAGGUGCAGGACCUCAAGAGUAUACCCUCAUUAAGAUGGAAGUCCAAGAACCACUCCCUGCUCUAUUCAAAUCUUUCAAAGGAAAAAAGGUCAACCUUGUAGCAGCAACAUUAAGGCCAGAGACCAUGUAUGGUCAAACUAACUGCUGGAUUCACCCUGACAUCAAAUACAUUGCUUUUGAAACUGUAAAGGAUGGAAUCUUCAUUUGCACCAGAAGGGCUGCCAGGAAUAUGGCUUAUCAAGGCUUCACUGAAAAAGAUGGGGAGUUCAAAGUACUUCAAGAAAUCGUUGGCCAAGAUCUGUUUGGAGUUGCAGUGAAAUCCCCAUUUACUUGCUACCCCAAAAUAUACUGCCUCCCCAUGUUGACUAUCAAAGAAGACAAAGGCACUGGCAUUGUCACCAGUGUUCCGUCUGACUCACCUGACGACUAUGCGGCGUUGGUAGAUCUUCAAAAGAAACCUGCCUUUAGAGAAAAGUAUGGAAUCAAGGAUGAAAUGAUUCUACCCUUUACUCCUGUACCGAUUCUUGAAAUUCCCGAAUUUGGCAACCUAUCUGCUGUCCAUGUGUAUGAACAACUGAAAAUACAGAGCCAAAAUGAUAAGGAUAAGUUGACUCAAGCCAAAGAAAUGGUCUACUUAAAAGGAUUCUAUGAUGGUGUCCUUCUGGUGGGUGAAUUCAAAGGGAGCAAAAUUCAAGACGUAAAAAAGAACUUGCAAUCGAAACUGAUUGAGGAAAAGAGUGCAGUAAUUUAUUACGAGCCCGAGAAAACUAUCAUGUCGAGAUCUGGCGACGAAUGCGUUGUCGCUUUGUGCAAUCAAUGGUAUCUUGAUUAUGGCAAUGAAGAAUGGAAAAGUCAAGCUGAGAAGGCUCUUGCUGCAAUGAACACUUACCAUGAUGAGGUCAGGAAAAAUUUCCAAGCCACACUCAAGUGGUUACACGAAUAUGCAUGCUCUAGAACUUAUGGUCUUGGUACCAAACUGCCCUGGGAUACUCAGUGGGUGAUAGAAUCUCUGUCAGAUUCGACUAUUUACAAUGCAUACUACACUAUUUCGCAUUUCCUUCAAGGCGACACGUUUAGAGGCAACAAGGAGAAUGCUCUGAAGAUAAAACCCGAAGAAAUGACGUCUGAAGUUUGGGAUUAUAUUUUCUUUAAAGAUGCGCCUUUUCCAAAAAGCACGAAGAUAGCCAAAAAGUCUUUAGAUCUCAUGAGGACAUCUUUCCAGUUCUGGUAUCCAGUUGACCUUCGAGUGUCCGGAAAGGACUUGAUCCAGAACCACCUGACGUUUUACAUUUACAAUCAUUGCGCCAUCUGGCCGAAAGAAGAAGGGAAGUGGCCACAAGGCAUCCGCGCGAAUGGGCACCUUAUGUUGAACUCUGCUAAGAUGUCGAAGUCGGAUGGCAACUUCUUGACGCUUUCGGAGUCUAUUGAUAAGUUUAGCGCGGACGGUAUGCGGCUCACGCUUGCCGACGCGGGUGAUUCUGUGGAAGACGCCAAUUUUGUUGAAAGCACGGCAGACGCGGCUAUACUCAGGCUGUUCACUUUUAUCGAGUGGGUGAAGGAAAUGGUUGCCGCCAAAGCGACUCUGAGGACAGGCGAGUUCAACUUCCACGACAAGGUGUUCAUCAGCGAAAUGAACACGAAGAUCUCUCAAACGGACGACAACUACGGCAAGCUGUUAUUCAAGGAGGCUCUCAAGACUGGUUUCUUCGAGCUGCAGGCGGCCCGGGACAAGUACCGCGAGUUGUGCGCCGACGUAGGGCUCCACGCGAAUCUUCUGACGCGCUAUAUCGAGACGCAGGCGAAGUUAAUGGCGCCGAUUUGCCCGCACGUGGCCGAGCAUGUGUGGGAAUUGUUGGGAAAUAAAAGAAGUAUCCUCCACGAGCGAUGGCCAGUUUCGGGCGACAUCGACGAGGUGGCAGUCAAAGCUAGCAACUACUUGAUGGACGCCGCCCACUCCUUCCGAAUCUAUCUCAAGAACCACUGCGCGGUCAAGAAACCCAAAAAGGGAGAGGCUCCCAAACCUGAGAAGAAACCGAACAAAGCUAUUAUAUGGGUGGCGAAAGAAUACCCGAGGUGGCAACACAUCAUUUUGACCACUUUGAAGGAACUAAAUGGGCCAUCAGGCCUGCCCGACAACAAGGUGAUAUCGAGCAAGCUGGGCGGCAUCGAAGACUUGAAGAAGUACAUGAAGCGAGCCAUGCCUUUCGUGCAAGCCACGCGCGAAGCGCUCGAGAGAGUAGGAGACUCCGCCCUGUCGGUCGCGCUGCCUUUCGACGAGGCUGCCGUGCUUGAAGAUAAUAAGCAAUACUUGCUGAGUACUUUGGAUCUGGAUUCCAUCGAAGUCCGCUAUACGGACAGCGGCGAGGCAUCCGAGAAGACUCGCGAGGACUGCGCCCCGGGAGCGCCGCACAUCAACUUCUUCGCGGAGCCGGGUGUUGACGUCACCGUCGUCAAUCCUACGCCGCGUAGUGGGCUGUUCACGGUGACCGUCAGCCUGAGCGAUGGCGAUACCGUUGAGAAGGUGAAAGCCAAGAUCAGCAAGGAAGUCAAAGCUAUUAAAGACGUGAGUAGCCUGAAAGUGUGGCGGUACAACGACCCAAUCCUCGGUCCUCGCAAGAUCCCCGUGCCCGGCGACCACGAAACGAAAUGUAUUGUCCUCGAAGACGCAGCAGUAUUAAAAGUAGACGUAGCUACAUCCACCGUGCAGCUAGUCAGCAACGGAAAGAAUAUAGACCUAGGCAAACAAAUGGUGUACACGUACGAAAAGUAAAACUUUUCGUUUCUCUCUGUUACAUUUAAAUGUUGAAUUUGGUGUAAGUUUCAAUUCAGGACUGCUUUUUAAUAUGGUAAUAAAUUAUUUAUUUAUUGAACCAUA